UCGCUUUCACAUCCUGAUGUGCACUUACUCUAAUUUAAGUUUACGAGCGGCUGGGCUCAGUCCCUCUGUUGGAAGUGCGCAUCGGUGUGCGGACAUGGAAAAUGCCGAGGUUUUUCAUGUGAUAUGUGCAGAUCUGGAGAUAAUUUUCACAAAACUGGACACUACAGCUGAAUUUUAGCCAGAUUGGAGCUUUAGUCCCGGACACUGCUACAGAUCUAGUCUUUAGUUUUUAAUUUUCAACCCUUUGUUUAGUUGUGAAGGGAUUUCCAAAUGGGCCUUUGCGCAUGAGUGUGAACGCACUUGGACAUGGGCAGCGGUCCGAGCAGAGGGAAAAAAGUAGCACCUGCGUGUGUCAGCGAGGUGACUGUGGCCAAAACAGCGGCCCGUGUCACCGCAACCAAACACAGCGGUGGUCCAUUCAGGCCCCUUAAGAUCCAGACCAUUUUACGCACGGCGCGUAACCGUGCGCAACCGGACCGCCACAGCGAAGGGAACGACUCUGAAUGUUCCGGAGAGGACGAUGACAUUGACGGAGAGUUGGACACUGUUAUGGCCAAUUAUGAGGAGCGAGAGCGGGCUUCGGUGAAGAAACCACCUUCCAAGAAGACUUUUAUCAGAUCCAGAACGUACGGACUGUGCCAUUUUGGACGCGAAGACACUGAUGAGGACUUCAGCUCAGAAACACGGAUCAGAGAGUCCGGAUCAACAGAGCCACGUGGCUCACACCGAGGAGAUGUAAACAAGAGAGGAUAUGAUGCCUUCUCACACUUUAAAAAACAUACACCACUGUGUCCAAACGAGCACACUUCCUCCUCACAGAGCGUUUUGACAAGAGGGUCUUUGUUGGAAGCUGUUGCCACAAAAGACAAACAAUUCUGCCAUAACUCCUCUCUCACCAUGCCAGUCAUCCUGUACGACGGAUCAGAAGAGGAGCUGAUGGACACAAUUGAGAGGGAGUUCAGUUGACCCCCAGCCGAGGACAAUGCAGCAAAAUGGACUGCCCUUUGAAGUCGCAUGGGCUACAGGAAGGGGAUCCAGAGUUUUUCAUGACAAAGUUUCUGCUAUUGUAGAGACGGCUGUAUUUGUUGUAUUCAUGCACAUACAUUUAGCAGACAGAGCUGGAAAAGUACACACAAGUAGAAGCACGAAUAUUUCAGGUACUGAUUCAACUUCUUUAUACAAUAGGACAGGUUCUAAAAUGUAGUUUAACUUGAAGGUGUUUUUUUAUGUACAAACCGUCCUGAAUCUCAUAUAAUAUUAAUAUAAUGUGAAGACUAAGAAACCUACCAUUUAACUUCAAAUGAAAUCGAAAAGUAUGAACUGACAAAAAUGGUCAGUUACUUGUGGUUUCAGUGUCGACAUCAGAACUGACACAUUAUAAGCCCUUUUCUCCACAGUUUGUCUGUUUUUAACUUUUCUUUUCUUACAUUCUUCAAGUAUUUUAUUUGGAUACACCAUGGGAUUGUCUUUUGUAUGUUUAUGUGUAAUUGUUCAUCCAUUUAGGUUGAAAUUGGUCCUGACGUUUGAUGUAAAUGUGGAAUUAAGGUACUAAGGGGUAUUUUUUUGAAUGACCCUUGAAAAAUAAAAAUAAAAAAUGCACCAAAGCCGAUGUUAGUGCUAAUCACUGAUACAUCCCAGGAAAAAACUAGAAGCACUCGGAGAGCGCAGACCUCCGCCAAAGCUGAUCAGU